AUGGCUAAACCAAUCAUUCGAAUUCUCGCAUCAAUUCUGCUGCUCGCCCUCUGCCGGAUCUCCACCGGCAAACCCAACACCGCCGUGAAAAGCGUGCUCUGCAACUCCGGCGCCUACACCAAGGGCGACCCUUUCACCAUCAGCUUGGCCUACGUCCUCGCCGAACUGGAGAGCGCUACGCCGUCGCGCCGCGGCUACGAUCUCCGCAACAUCUCCCCCUACCCGAACGCCUUCGCCUACGGCCACGCCGCCUGCAACCAAACUCUGACGAGCUCCGACUGCGGCGGCUGCCUCGCCGCAGCCAAAACCGCCAUGCUUGGCAGCUGCGACGGCCGGAUCGGCGCCCGCGGUGUGCUCUACGAUUGCCUUGUCAGAUAUGAGCAGUACCCUUUCGAUGAUUGAUUUUCAUCAUUAUCUGAAUUUAAUAAAAUCGUCUCUUAUCUCA